GUCUUUUACUUUUCGUUUCAUAAGCACUGGCUUUUGUCUCUGCACGUCUCUCUCUCUCUCUUUCAUUGCUCAAAGCUCAAAGCUUUUCCGUAAGGUUAACAAAGAGUUUGUUUGGUUUAUUUUUGGUUCAAACAAAGAAAAGUUUGCGAUGAAUGGAAGUGAAAGAGAAGAGGGAGUGAAAAUGGAGGAAUGUAAAGAAAUAGUGGUGUAUAUGUGUGGAUAUAUACCAGGAGCUUCGCCGGAGAAAUCUCCGAUACUGUCUCCGGUGCCGGUUCAGCUUCCGGGUUCGGGCUGCGGUGGAGAUUCGUGGAAGGAUGUUUGUGGUGGUGGUUGUGGAUUCGCUAUGGCCAUUUCAGAGUCCGGGAAGCUCAUAACAUGGGGCUCUACAGAUGAUGAAGGUCAAAGCUAUAUGACUUCAGGGAAGCAUGGGGAAACUCCAGAGCCUUUUCCUCUUCCAACUGAGGCUUCAGUGUUGAAGGCAGCUGCUGGUUGGGCGCACUGUGUUUCAGUAACAGAGAUGGGUGAAGUAUACACAUGGGGCUGGAAGGAGUGCGUUCCCUCUGAAAAAAUUGUGCGUGAUUUGGUCGCUGGAGGAAUAUUCCAAACAAAUUCUACUGACCAAGUGAGUGGAAAGGCUCAGGGCUCAAAUUUGAUUGGUGGGCCGGUAUCUCACGUUGAUAACAAAAAGGCGGGAGAGGAAAUUGGAAAGAGAAGGAAAAUAGCACUAGCUAAGCAAGAACUGGACAGCUCAACACCUGGGGAUGAACUUUUUACAGUAUCAGCUUGCCUUGUAAAUAUGGGUCCUGGAGUGAGGAUCAGCACUGUUGCUGCUGGUGGACGCCACACGUUAGCACUGUCAGUUUCAGAUAUGGGACAGGUGUGGGGUUGGGGCUAUGGAGGCGAAGGGCAGCUAGGUUUGGGUACCCGGGUAAAGAUGGUGGCUACUCCUCAUGUCAUACCUUGCAUUGAGCAGUCUGCAUUGGGGAAAGGAAGCAUGAGUUCAUCAACACAAGUUUCUAAAGUUCCUGGAAGCUACGUGAAGGGAAUUGCUUGUGGAGGUCGGCAUAGUGCAGUAAUAACAGAUGCUGGGGCACUACUUACUUUUGGCUGGGGACUUUAUGGACAGUGUGGACAGGGGACUAAUAAUGACCAGUUAAGACCAACUUGUGUGUCUUCUUUAUCGGGUAAACAAGCGGAAACAGUUGCUGCUGGACUAUGGCACACCAUAUGUAUCACUGUUGAGGGUCAUGUAUAUGCCUUUGGGGGGAAUCAGUUUGGACAGUUGGGAACAGGUGCUGAGCAGGCUGAGACUCUACCUAGGCUUUUGGAUGCUCCAAGUCUCGAGAGUAAGCAUGCCAAAAUAGUAUCCUGCGGGGCUCGUCACAGUACCAUACUAACAGAGGACGGCAAACUAUUUAGCUGGGGAUGGAACAAGUAUGGCCAGCUUGGUCUAGGAGAUUCUGCAGACCGAAACAUACCUUCACUAGUUUCCAUUGAUGGUUCUCUGCCAACAAAUGUUGCAUGUGGCUGGUGGCACACGCUACUGCUUGCUGAAAGACCAGUUUGAGUUUCAAGAUUGUUAAUGAGGACAAAAUGAGUGACAUUUUUGUUAGGAUAGAGAUUCUCCACUGGACUUUUUGUAGUUGUACACUUGAGUUCUUUUAUGUAAAAUGUACAUAAAAGUCUUGUGUGCAUGCAUGCACGUGAUGGUUUUUAUUCUCUUACUUGCUAGUUUAUCAUUAACAUCAUUAACAGCACACAGGUUUGUUCAGACAAUAAAUCCAUGGAGUACAAUAUGAGUGUC